AGAAAUAAAGGCAAGAGAAAUCAACAACCGACCUAGCAAAAAAAGAAAGAAAUAUGUAAAAAUAAAAUAAAAAGUAAAAUACUUCAAUUAAGUAAUUGAAUAACACAAUACUCAGGGUAGAAGUAGGUGGGUUUGAGCUGCAGGGGGCAGCAUGAGGCAUUUUGAAAAACAACAACCUUACUAUCCACCGACGAAGAAGAACCUCAACAGAAACAGAAAACAAGAAAACCGGCCGCUAAAGAUUGUAACAGGAUGGCGGGCAGGCGAGCUCUGAAGGCGGUGCUCAUUGACCUGAGUGGCACUCUACAUGUUGAAGACGCAGCAGUGCCAGGAGCACAGGACGCCCUUAACCGGUUACGCCAGGCAUCUGUGGCUGUGAAGUUUGUGACCAACACAACAAAGGAGAGUAAGAGGAUAUUACUGGAACGACUGCAGCGUCUAAACUUUGACCUUCAGGAAAAAGAGAUUUUCACUUCUCUGAGUGCAGCAAGGACUCUUCUGGAGCAGAAACAACACAGACCACUGCUGCUGGUGGAGGACAGUGCACGAGAGGACUUCACAGGUAUCGAUACGUCAGAGCCGAAUGCUGUUGUCAUUGGGCUCGCUCCUGAUCAGUUCAACUAUCAAACACUCAACAAGGCUUUCAGGAUGAUUCUGGAUGGAGCUCCUCUCAUCGCCAUCCAUAAAGCUCGCUACUAUAAACGCAACGAUGGUCUGGCCCUCGGCCCCGGGCCCUUUGUGUCAGGACUGGAGUACGCCACGGACUGUAAAGCUACAGUAGUUGGAAAACCUGAAAAGACCUUUUUUAUACAGGCUCUGUCUGAUUUAGGAUGUUGCCCCAGUGAAGCGGUCAUGAUCGGAGAUGAUGCCAGAGACGAUGUAGGUGGAGCUCAGAACGCAGGAAUGUUGGGUAUUUUAGUCAGAACUGGUAAAUACAGAGAAGGAGAUGAGAACAAAAUCAACCCUCCGCCUUAUUUGACGUGUGCCAGUUUUCCAGAAGCUGUGGAACACAUCUUGAAGAAUCUGCUAUAAUAUACAAAAAUGACUGAAUUCCAGAGUUUCCUUUUGUUAGGAUCAUAAGCAAACACUCCAGUUGUAAACGUCAGUAGCACUGCUGUGCACUGAUUUUGUUUGAAAGUGGAGAGGACAUUGUGGAUCCUAAAAAUGCAUUUUAAUUGAUGGACUGAACAAUGCUGAGGUGUUGGUGUUUUCCAUCUGUCGGUCACAGACAAGCCACUAUAGAAAUGCUUUGCUUCAUCAGGAUGUUUGUUGAUGCACUGUUCAGGUACAUGUUUGUCCCAUUAUUUCAGUGUAUUCUCCUUUUUCUGUAAUGGAGAAAAAUCGUGUGGAAAUGUUGUAUAAAUGAUGAUGCAGAAAUAAUCUAAGGAUGGUUUUAGAGGUCUCUAAGAAGUAAGUGAUUUAAAACCUGUUACAGAUAUAUAUGUAACAUGUAAUGAAUAAAUAUGGCUCCAACUAAG